CCGAGGGCAGGCAGGGGCCGACAGAGCAGUGCGUCUUCCCCGCUUCCUUCGUUUCAUCUCAAAUCUCGAGUCAAAAAAAAAAAAAAAAACCAAAACCCCCACGCGCACUCCGCCGCCUCAGUCCUGUGUCCUGUCCUCCCUCCGAGCCUCCGCCGCAGCCUUCGUCGUCGCGCGAGCGAGCGGCCGAGCCAGCGGACCCAGGAAGGGAGGAGGCCAUGGCGGGGGGCGGGGACAAGGUGGACUACGUCUUCAAGGUGGUGCUCAUCGGCGACUCCGCAGUCGGCAAGUCGCAGAUCCUGGCCCGCUUCGCCCGCAACGAGUUCAGCCUCGACUCCAAGGCCACCAUCGGGGUCGAGUUCCAGACGCGGACGCUCGUCAUCGAGCACAAGUCCGUCAAGGCGCAGAUCUGGGACACCGCCGGCCAGGAGAGGUAUAGAGCUGUCACAAGCGCAUACUACAGAGGUGCUCUAGGAGCUUUGCUAGUCUAUGAUAUCACCAAACGCCAGAGCUUCGACCACAUUCCUCGUUGGCUGGAGGAGCUCCGUGGCCAUGCUGACAAGAACAUUGUCAUCAUGCUGGUUGGCAACAAGAGUGACCUCGAGGAGGAGCGUGCUGUGAGCACCGAGGACGCCAAGGAGUUUGCCGAGAAGGAGAACCUCUUCUUCCUGGAGACCUCCGCGCUGCAGGCCACCAAUGUCGAGAACUCCUUUCAGACUGUCUUGACAGAGAUCUUCAAGAUUCACAGCAAGAAGAACAUGGCGGUGGACCCCAAGGCCAACGGUGCUGCCCCGUCACUGGCAGGGAAGAAGGUCCUCGUCCCAGGCCCCGCCCAGGAGAUUCCCAAGAGCAAGUGCUGCAGUUCCAUGUGAUGUCUUGCCCGGAUUUCAUUGGGUUUGUGUGCAUUGAAAAUAUUCAUGUGAUGUUUCUGGAUGUACAUCUCGACUGGAAUAGGCUUAGAUUUGAAUUACUGGUUAUUUUGAUGUGCGGAUGGAAUGAAUCGAUAUCAUAGUUUAGAUUUGUCACUCGUCUCUAUGGUGACACGAGGAUAGGGAGUGGGGAGAAAAGCUCUUUUUGCAUAGACUUGUGGAAUUAACUACAAAUAGCAAUGCACGCUGAUUGUUCAAUGAUGUCUUAAACCCCCUAUGUACUGUGGCAGCAAUGUACGCCUAUCGCUGAAUGAUUCCUACAA